GCUAUUUUGUUGCAAGUGCAUGAUUCAAUUUUAAAUUAUUUUUUUUAAAAACAAUUAAAACAAUGCAUAUAAAGAUCGCCUUUACCGUCUGCGUGGUGUAUUUCCUGACAUCAACAUGGAGCAUGGGAUUGAACAGUGUUCAAUUAAAACAGUUCAAAAAAUAUUUUGAAAAUCACAAAAAGUGUACCGGUGGAGUUAGCGAAGAGGAAAUCGAACAAGUCGUGAAAGAAUCCUUUGGAAUAGAAUGGAAACAAUCUGACAUUUAUUUUGGAUACAGCUCAGAUGAGCCUGAUUCUAUGAAUUUAUUUUAUUUAUUGGGUGCAUUGGCGGAAAAAGACAACAAGAUACCCGACAAUAUCAUCUCCGAAACGUGUGUUAAAGAAAUAGGCAUCAAGAGCUCCGACAAUAUCAUCAUCGACAAGGGUGAAAUACUUACGCCUUUCGAAGUAUACUUUUACCUGGAUGAGUUUAUUGCAUGCGCCAUGUCUCAUCGGCAACCGGGAUAUCUUACUCUUCAACAGCUAUCGAAAGUCUUUAAGUAUUGGACAACGAUAAAUAGUAGAUUGAACGCAAAAUCAAAAGAACUUGAAAUCGAAAAAGGCGUUCGCUAUGUAAUAAACACGGCCGACUUCUUGUUGAUCAUGUUGGAAAUCAAACCGGAAGGCCGCGGUCUGACCCUAGCACAAUUAAAAAUGUUUGUUGCUUUGUACGAAAAACACAAGACAAGUAAACAAGUGUUUCAAGAUCUUGGUAGAAAAAUGGAGUUUGGCUGUUGCAAAAAACAAAAGACUACUGGUUUGGCGAUCACCAUUGAUCCUGAUGAAAGUGAAAAAGUGUUCAAUGAGCUUGGUAUAACCAUAGACGACGAAUUGGAACUGCUAUUUAAAUCCGAACUACCCGCUGGAAAAUUGUUGAUGUAUUUAAUCAUCGUUGCGGCAGAACGCAAUACGGCGGUCGAGGAUAAUGAAUUGAUAGUUUUAAGUCCAAGCGAGGUCGUAUUUGCCAUAAAAGAGUUCAACAAGAUGAAAAUCGACAACGAUGGUUUAGUGUCCCCUUAUGGGUUUGCCAGCUUCAAGGCAGAGUCCAGCAUUAUUUUAGAAUCGAAAUGUUCGAAAGAAGCCAGACAGUAUUUUUGGAAAUUAGAUGGUAUUAACACAUUAAACGUAGCGGAAUACAUGGAAAUUUUAUCGUUCGUUGAAAAACAUGUCGAAAGUGAACCGGAAGAUGUCAUAUUCGAAUUUAGAUCCGAUGACGAUAUGUAUGGUAGCUUCGAGAACGACCACUUUAUGACAUACGGUAAUGGUACCGAUAGUGAUAACGAUUGUGAUUUUACCAUCGAAAACGACGAAGCCAAGGCGUUCUGGAAGUUGUGGUGAUGGUGUGGAUAUU